GGUGGUGCUCGCUGCUGCUGCUGAGAGGAGGAGGAGGAGGAGGAGGAGGAUGAAGAGUUGGGCUUGUUUGUCUCCCACAGUUUCUCUCCUGCUGCUCUGAUUCCUCCCCUCCCCAUUCCGGCCCAGGGCCCGAGUGAACCUCUCCGGGAGGAGGAGGAGGCUUCAGGUCCUCCCCCCACCCUCCUCCCCACCCCCCCUGCCUGGGGAAGAGGAGGAAAGAAACAGCCCAGAGAGAGAGAGAGAGAGAGAGAGUGAGUGAGAGAGAGAGUGAGAGAGGAGAGGAGGAGGAGGAGGGAGAAGGGAACAACCUACCAUCUUAACACACUAAUAUCUAAAAAGUGCGAGAGGCCCAGAGCAGCAGCAGCAGCAAGCCAGCUUCUUCCCUCCCUCCCUCCCCAUGAAGAAGAGUUCCCUCCUCCUCCUCCUCCUGCUUCUGCUCAGAGUUCCUGCCUCCAGCUGCCAGGGGGGACAGCCAGCCAGCAGCAGGAGGGGGUAUAGAGAGCUGAAGGAGAGUUGGUUCCCCCCACAUUGGACUUCUCAGAACCUUUAAUAUGCUAAUGUGCAUUGUGAAUCUCCAAGAGGGGGAUAUGAUAUGCAGCAUUCUUGAAUACUUCUAAUGACAGGGAGCCCACUACCUCAUAAGCUGCAGCAACAAGAGACGCUUGUUACUUUAAACGGAGGCUGAAGAAACUAGAACUAACAGACAUAAGAGAGAGUGGAGAAGGUAGAGGAUGGAGUUGCAGACUCUUCAGGAGGCUCUUAAAGUGGAAAUUCAGGUUCACCAGAAAUUGGUUGCUCAAAUGAAGCAGGAUCCACAGAAUGCUGACUUAAAGAAACAGCUUCAUGAACUCCAAGCCAAAAUCACAGCUUUGAGUGAGAAACAGAAAAGAGUGGUGGAACAACUACGGAAGAACCUGAUAGUAAAGCAAGAACAACCAGACAAGUUCCAGAUACAGCCAUUGCCACAGUCUGAAAGUAAACUACAAACAGCACAGCAGCCGCCACUACAGCCACUGCAGCCCCAGCAGUACCACCACCACCAUGCCCAGCAGCCGGCCGCGCCCUCGCCUAGCCUGACUGCUUCACAGAAGACUGUAACUACAGCUUCUAUGAUAACCACAAAGACACUACCUCUCGUCUUGAAAGCAGCAACUGCGACCAUGCCUGCCUCUGUUGUGGGCCAGAGACCUACCAUUGCUAUGGUGACCGCCAUCAACAGUCAGAAGGCUGUGCUCAGCACUGAUGUGCAGAACACACCAGUCAACCUCCAGACGUCUAGUAAGGUCACUGGGCCUGGGGCAGAGGCUGUCCAAAUUGUGGCAAAAAACACAGUCACUCUGGUUCAGGCAACACCUCCUCAGCCCAUCAAAGUACCACAGUUUAUCCCCCCACCUAGACUCACUCCACGUCCAAACUUUCUGCCACAGGUUCGACCCAAGCCUGUGGCCCAGAAUAACAUUCCUAUCGCCCCAGCGCCUCCUCCCAUGCUUGCAGCUCCUCAGCUUAUCCAGAGGCCUGUCAUGCUGACCAAGUUUACACCCACAACCCUACCCACAUCCCAAAAUUCCAUCCACCCUGUCCGUGUCGUCAACGGGCAGACUGCAACCAUAGCCAAAACGUUCCCCAUGGCCCAGCUCACCAGCAUUGUGAUAGCUACUCCAGGGACCAGACUUGCUGGACCUCAAACUGUACAGCUUAGCAAACCAAGCCUUGAGAAACAGACAGUUAAAUCCCACACAGAAACAGAUGAGAAACAAACAGAGAGCCGUACCAUCACCCCACCUGCUGCACCCAAACCAAAACGGGAAGAGAACCCUCAGAAACUUGCUUUCAUGGUGUCUCUAGGAUUGGUAACACAUGACCACCUAGAAGAAAUCCAAAGCAAGAGGCAAGAGCGGAAAAGAAGAACAACAGCAAAUCCAGUGUACAGUGGAGCAGUCUUUGAGCCAGAGCGUAAGAAGAGUGCAGUCACGUACUUAAACAGCACAAUGCAUCCUGGGACCCGGAAGAGAGGUCGUCCUCCAAAAUACAAUGCAGUGCUGGGGUUUGGAGCCCUUACCCCAACAUCCCCCCAAUCCAGUCAUCCCGACUCCCCUGAAAAUGAAAAGACAGAGACCACAUUCACUUUCCCUGCACCUGUGCAGCCUGUGUCCCUGCCCAGCCCCACCUCCACAGACGGUGAUAUCCAUGAAGAUUUUUGCAGUGUUUGUAGAAAAAGUGGCCAGUUGCUGAUGUGUGACACAUGUUCCCGAGUAUAUCAUCUGGACUGCUUAGACCCACCUCUAAAAACAAUUCCUAAGGGCAUGUGGAUCUGUCCCAGAUGUCAGGACCAGAUGCUGAAAAAGGAAGAAGCAAUUCCAUGGCCUGGUACAUUAGCAAUUGUUCAUUCCUAUAUCGCCUACAAAGCAGCAAAAGAAGAGGAGAAACAGAAGUUACUUAAAUGGAGUUCAGAUUUAAAGCAGGAACGAGAACAAUUAGAACAGAAGGUGAAGCAGCUCAGCAGCUCUAUAAGUAAAUGCAUGGAAAUGAAGAGCACCAUCUUAGCCCGGCAGAAAGAGAUGCAUAGCUCCCUGGAAAAGGUAAAACAGCUGAUUCGCCUCAUCCACGGCAUUGACCUCUCCAAACCUGUAGACUCUGAGGCCACCGUGGGGGCCAUCUCCAACGGCCCGGACUGCACCCUCCCUGCCAACGCUGCCACCUCCACGCCAGCCCCCUCCCCCUCUUCGCAGAGCUGCACCGUGAACUGUAACCAGGGGGAAGAGACUAAAUAACAGAGCGCGGAGACGCCCCAGGAUCCCGGCGGCGAGGAGAGCAGCGCUGAAGACUCAGCACAGCAAAGCCGGAUUUCUUCUGGAAAGUACAGAAUUCUUUUGGUUCUUUGGUUCCAGAGAGAGAGAAGAUGCUUGUGCCAGGUGGCACCCGAGUUUGCCAAUUGAUCCUUCUUAUUCUGUGUGUACAUGCAAAGAUUGGACCAUGUUACAUGAAAUAGUGCCAGCUGGGGGUUCUUUGCCAGCACCAUGCCAAGUGAAAUAAUAUAUUUACUCUCUCUAUUAUACACCAGUGUGUGCCUGCAGCAGCCUCCACAGCCACGGUGGGUUUGUUUCUGUUUUGUUGGGUGGGAAGCAGGGACGGGUGGAGGGAGGAGAGCAGGUUUCAGAUCUUUGUUUAGGUAGAGAAGACAAGUCCAAAGAGCGUGUGGGCUUUCCUGUUUCUAAACUGUCACCACUAUAAAACCAAAAAAAAAAAAAAAAAAAAAAAAAGGAAAUCAAGAUUUAACCCCGUGCCCAGAAGGGGGGAGGGGAAGGUCUGGGAGGGAGUGAGGGUGGGAAAGUAUAUCACAUAAGCAGUAUUUACUCUUGUCUGGAGGGGGACCUAGUGCAAAGAGAUGGACACCAAGAACAGCCACUGGGUUCUCCUCCCAUCUCCCCUCCUACUGCGGUGCCGCCUCCCUCCCUCCUGUGGCCUCCAGUAGACCCUGCCCCUGCUUGGUGUAGUGUGCAGCAGCCCAAGGUGACCGUCCCUCCCAGAGAACAAGGCAGGCCAGGCCCUGCUGAGGCAGGGAAGGAAGGGGUGGUCUAGAGAGGAAAACAGGCGGAUCAGUGAUUUUACUUGAAAACAAGCUCCAUCCCUUUUUAUAUUUCUAAGAAGAGAAGAUUCUGAGUGAAGCAGCACGCAGCCCCGGUGUGUGUGAGUUGAAUGGAGAUAUUUCUUUCUCUCUUUUUUUUAAUUUUUGUUUUUGUUCUUGUUUUCUUUAAACAAAGUUUUAUUUUGUUAUUUACUUUUUGGUAACAAGAACUAAAGUAAGGAAUAGAAAAGCUGUUUUUCAGGCUGACAGUCCGAUUAAGGGUAGCAAGACCUUGCAUGGUAGAAUAGGAGUCAUAGUGUCAGUGAGGUCCAGUGAGUCUUUGUGAGUCCUUGUGUCAUCGUUCGGGCACUGUUUUGUUUCUUU